GGCAAUGCUUAACAAUACAUCGGAGAAGGAUUGAACAACCAAAGAUUAACAAUAUGAAGUACGCGCUUACUCUUAUGCUUGCGGCCUUUGUCGGCUACACCAUGGCUGGUGGCUCUCUCGGCCUUGGUGGAGGUUAUGGAGGCGAUUACGGGGAAGGUUACGGGGGCGGCUAUGGGGGUGAUUACGGAGGCGGUUACGAAGGCGGUUACGGACACCAUCCUGUCGGCAGGGCAUUCUCGUACGGGUCUAAGAUCGACCACGGACAUUACGGUGGAGGCGGUGGUCACUAUGGAGGAUAUGCCGGUCUCGGUCUUGGAGGAUAUGGGUAUCAUGGUUAGCUGACGUUAAGACGACACAACUACCAGCCAUUUCGUCUUCCAAUUGUGUACAGUGUUUACCUAAACGCUGUAUGCGGUCUUGGGUAAAGGGUGCGCAUUGAAGAUAUAUGCGAUUACACUGAGAGGGAUGUUAGGGGUAAAGGGAAGAUCAGCAACCUGCAAAUCUGAUGUAAAAACCAUCUCGCCUAACGCCAGUCAAAUAUUACAAUGUUUUAAUAGGGGCACCUUCUGGGAAAGGCUCGAUACGUGAGAAUGCGUAGUGAGAAGGAACGCAGCAAAAAUAUGUGAACAUACUGAGCAUCCGAGUCUCAUAGAAGUGCCAGGAGUUUUGCAAAGAUUCUGUGAUGUAAUAAGCUAAAACGAUUCCACGUUUUUGCUUUGUUAAUAUGUGUAGAUAUACGCAAAUAUAUAAAUCUGCAAUGAAAUGCGUCUGUUUAAUAUAUACGUACGCGUGGGCGUAUGCGUCAAACGAAAACAAAAAAUUACAAUGAAGUAGUUUAAGCAGUUUUUAAAAACGAUCGCAUGAACAUCUUCGGAUUAUUUCGUAGCUGCUACACCUAUAACGUAUAGUUAAAAUACUAGUGAAAUUGGAAAAUGUUAUUAUUUGUAGAGUGUUUGGAAAAAACCUGGUAUUCAAAAAUAAUUAUAUGCGUUUUUUAAAGCAUGGCUGUGGGUAUUAGCUUGUGAAGACAAAGUUAUUGUUAGCUUCGAUCAGGGUAUCGCUUCUCAGGAGAUUAUAGCCUCCUAUAGGAGAAACAUCUGUUUCUUAUACCAGAUGUUAGUGCUUCUACUAUGCUGACGAUGCGUAGACCACAUAUCCAUAAAAAUAACCUCAAAACAAUGCAUGCUUCUAAAAUAUGUCGGCUAAUAUUUACGCCCGCUGAUGUUUCUAUGUAUCUAUUACAGAGACAGAUGUCCUUUAUUCAGCACAAACUAAAAGAUUAAACAAAUGAAAACACGCAAAUUGAA